CCAUACGAAUAAUAUUUUACGUUUUCGAAUGGUUUGUGCCAUUGUUGUAUCGAAAAAUGACUAAUUGAAUUUUGGCGCCACUGAUUCGAAGUAAAUUGCUUUUCGACGAGUAACUUCCUUCUUUUGUUUUGUUUUGUUCUUUUUUUUUCCUUCUAUUCUCUAAUUGUCUCUCGCAAAUUGUAUCCUCGUGUUCGUCGAACAAAUUAAAAUAUUUAUUAUUCGUAUAUAUGUGUAUAUACAUGUACAUUAUAACAAUAUUUUAUCAAGUUGUUUUAUCAAAACAUUUAUCAGAAUAUUGACGAUGAUUUGUAUUAAAUAAUAUCGAAAAAAAAUGUAAUAUUUGUGGGAAUAUAUUAUAUAAACGAAAGAAAUAUUAUGAGACACGGGCCCAGGAAAUUCGAGUGCCAUUCCUGGCUGAAGAUUCAAAAACAGUGAAUCUAGAAGUCGGCGUGUCUUUUCCAUUAGUGUGUAGUGAAUUCGCGUCGAAAGAAGGAAAAUUUCGGUAUCGUUUUCAAUCGGAAUUAAUAACGUGAUAUUAACGAAUAUUACGUAUUGAAUUUCUUUUUUCUUUCUUUUGAAAAAUAACGAUGUUCGGUUUUCGUGAUGCCAAUAGAGAUGCGCCAAAUUAUAAUUUUCCAAAGACGAAGUUAAAAAAUAUAACGUGUGUCCACUGCAAAUGUCUAUUUAUUAUACGAGAAGUAUUAACAAUGCGUGGGAAACAAAUUCCUUUGUUAUUGGAGUGUGGACAUUCGAUUUGCUAUGGAUGCUCAAAGCUAUAUCCUGAAGUAUCUUGCUCGUUGUGCGGUGAACUUGUGCAGGCCAAAGAGAACAAAUCUGAAUUGUAUCCCUUAAAUAUUUAUGCAUUGGGUUUGGUUGUCGUUGCAAAUCAUCAACCUUGUUUAUAUUUAGAAGAACCCGAUAUAUCUUUCAAUCAAACGGUCGUCCAAAAAACGCGACCUUUUCAAAUCUCAGGUUACUGUCAUGAAUGUGAAAUAGAGGCUACCUUGCGAUGUCCACAAUGUAAUGUCCUUUAUUGUCAAACGUGUUAUUCGAAGAUACAUGGAAAAGCUUUACAAAACCAUUCCAAAAUUCUAAUAAAUGAAAUAACAAAAGAUAUACCUUUGACAAUAUUAAGUGUUUGUUCUGAUACCUGCAUCGAAUAUGUGGGCUAUUUUUGUAAUGAUUGUCAAAUAUCUAGUUGUUCGCAUUGCAUGUUACGUUAUCACUCGAAGCAUAAUCACAUCUCAUUAUUCGAAAGGAACGAAGAAUUAAUGGACGGUUUUACCAAAGCGUAUGACGAUGUUGCGGAGAGUCUACAACGUGUUCUGCAGACUUUAAAGAAACUGAAGACUAUAGAGAUAUCGCAAACGGAAAUAAAAAACAACGAAAACGUGGAAGCUUCGAUAACUCAACAUUUCGCUCAUUUACACGGUGUCCUGCAGAAUAUCGAAAGAAGAAUGAUCGAUAAGAUUCAUAGACAGAAUACAAGCUGUAUUACAAAUAUCAAGGAACUCGAGUCGCAGUUAAAGUCGUAUCAAAAUCGAUUACAGGAAGCGUUAUUGGUAGCCUCUACCGCGAAAGAAAAUAUCAAAAGAAUCGAUUUGAAAAAUGUCAUAUGCAAAUUGAAAGACAUCGCUGAUGUACCUUGUCAUUUGGUAAAGGAGUCUCUUAUUAACGAAGAAAAAGUAAAAUUCGAAGCCGAUAAAAGCAUCAUCGACGUCCUAGAAAAACACUGUACUCUUCAGAUACCUUCGAAGAUGCAAUUCAAUCUAUUACGUACCGAACUCUUGCCCGAAAAUUACCAAGUGGAACCUUUGGAUAACAAAAUAGCUAUUUCGAAUCAUCCGUUAAUGGAAGAACUUUCGGUUCUACCAAACAAAACCAUUUCCGUGACUUCUCUUUCUUCUGGAAAUACGGAAAGCUCUCUUCGAUUCGAUUCUUACGAAUUGGUUAAAGUUCUAAAGGUCGUCGAUCCAUCCUGCUUUUACGUUCAAAGCAUAUCGGUUCAGAAACAAGCGGAAAAAUUAUCGAACGAUCUUCAAAUUUAUGGUUCGGAGGCAGUCAAUCCAACGAAUGAAAUUAUCGUCGGUACGAUGUACAUAGUCAAAUAUUACACACGACGAGAAAAAAGAUGGCAACGUGGAAAAGUCAUAAAAAUUAACGUAAAUCAAAUCGGUGAUAAAACCUACGACGUAUUUUACGUCGACAAUGGAUACAUCGAACGUAACAUAUCAGUUAAACGCUUAAAGCUCAUCCCAUCCCAGUUUGCAGCAGUGCCUAUAUUGGCAACAAAAUGUUCCCUUCACAACAUCUCACCGACAAAUGAUCGUUGGAGCAAAAAUGCUAUAGAUACAUUUCGUCAAUUAGUUAACAAAUAUGAUCCGAUAUCGAUGUACGUCGUUCAUACCGUUGGCAAUAUAAAUUACGUCGAUCUUUGUUUCAAAUCGAAUAAUCCGCAAGAAGAAAUCAGCUCGGUUCGCGAUUUAAUGAUAUUUAUGGAGCAUGGUACCCUUACGUCGUCUCAGAAAAUAAAGAUAUUAAAUCCAUUAUCGAUGUACCUUUACUUUCACGAGGAACUCGAAAUGGAGACUUACGUUUACGUUACGGUUCAACACGUUGAAUCUCCCAACUCCAUGUAUGUUACGAAGAUGGGAGAAAAUCGAAAACAUAUCAACGAACUUAUGAAAGACAUGGCAUCGUUUUACAAAAAGAAUGCGGGACGUACUUCGUUAUCGUGUCCUCUUGAAAUAAAUACUCCAUGCGCUUUACGUUUAAAAGGAUCAUGGUAUCGCGGAUUAAUCAAGAAAAUUGUUAGUGAAAAGUCCAUCGAUGUAUUUUGCGUUGAUUAUGGAUACACUCUUACCUCAGAACACAAUAUGUUAAAAUUAUUACCACAUUAUUACAUGAGCAGUAGAACACAGGCGAUACAAAUUUCAUUGAAAGAUUUAAAACCAUUAUUGGAGGACAAUAAUCAAUGGAGUUUACAAACGAUAGAGAUCACGAAACAAUACUUGGUGAAUGAAAAAGUCAAAGUGAUAUCUAUGUUUAAAAACGAAGAUAUUUAUGAGGUUUAUUUAUAUAUUAACAACAUAAACUUCAAUUCUAUGUUAGCCAAUAAAGGUUUUGCCAGACCAAUAGGACCAACUGCGUUGAUAUGCUACGAUAACAAAGAGUUUCGCUCGACUCAAAAUAGAAACAACAAAAAUGAAAAUACUUUACCAGUCGACGUAAAACAGGAUAACGAAGAAACAUCGAAUACACAAGCAAUUGAGCCUGAUCCUUUUAAAGUAUCCGUCCAAGUGCAUAAAGCGAUAUCACCCGAUUGCAUUUAUGUUUCUGACGUGUCACGCGAAGAAGCAAAGUUUAUAUUCAUGUCAAAGCUACAAGAUUUUUAUAGCAAAUAUCAUUCGCCUCAAGAAAAAAACUGGACGAAAGAUUCCGUUUGUGCCGUGUAUUCGAAACAAGACAAAAGUUAUUUCCGCGCUUAUAUAUUAAACGUCAUAUCAUCGGAAGAAGUUCUUGUAUCAUUUUACGACAUGGCAAUUGAGGAAAUAAUUUCUGUUAAGCAUAUUCAACCGUUACAUCCAAUAUUCCGACAAGAACCAGCGUAUAUUUUCAAAGUCAAGCUUGCUGGUAUUUUACCUUGUGGUGGUUCAAAAUUGUGGCCAUCUAUAUCGUGCCAAAAAUUGUCAGAAAUAAUAGAGGAAAAUCAAAAUUCUCAAUUUUAUAUCACAAAAGUAUUGGGCAUGGAAGACAGUAAAGAGAUAUCUGUGCAAUUGUGGAUCAAACAAUCAAAACCCGAUGGACCAUUAUCGCCAAUGAAAACUGAGAUCAAUUCUAUUAAUAAAAUGUUAGUAGAAGCUGGACUUGCAUUACCGAUAAAAGAUUUCAAUACAAAAAUAGGCAAGAUACUGGCUAUUGAAUUGAAACGACAAUUACUAGAAAUCCAGAUAACAUGUCAAGAUAAAGAAGAAAAUAUAAAAUGGUUCUCUGUCAAAGAAGGAUUAGAAUGUUGUAUUGAAUCAAAUCAACUAAAUAAUAAUGAAAUUUCUAUGUCAGAAGUAAUGUCAAAACAUUUAAGUAUUAAUUCAGAGAAUGAAGAAGAAAUCGAAAAUGUAAAAAACGAAAAAAUAAGGUACAAAGUAAAGAAUGAAGUAAAAGAUGAAGUAGAGGAUGAAAUAGAGGAUGAAGUAGAGGAUGAAGAAGACGAAGAAGAGGGAAAUGAAGAAGAACAAGAAGAAGAUGAAGAUGAAGAUGAAGACGAAGAUCAAGAUGAAGAUGAAGAUGAAGAUGAAGAUGAAGAGUCUACAUCGAGCACUAACGAUGCGAUCCAAGUACCAAUUUUAACAGAUUGGUUACCGGCACUUCCAAUUAAAAAGAAAAACUUCAUUGCUAUACCAACGUACUUGGAUCACUCUGGAAUGGUUUAUUUACAUUCUAAAAAAGAUGCGAAAAAGACGCUAGAAUAUAUAGAAACAAUGUUAGCUGAUUCUUACAAAAAAUUCAAGAUAAAACCACGUGAUAGAAAAUGGAAGGAAGGAGAUAUGUGUAUUGCGCAGUAUCAUGCUAACAAAAAAUGGUACCGAGCUAAAGUACUAGCAGUUUUAGAUGAAAAUACGAUAGAGGUGCAAUUUGUAGAUUAUGGAAAUAUUGAAGAAUGUACGGUCGGACUUAUAAAAAAAAAGAUUAUUUUAGAUCAUAUACCCAUCCAGUGUACAAAAUGCGUUGUUCUCGGUUUAAAUCCGGAACAAGGGAAAUGGAAAAUAGAAGAUUUAGAUAGAAUACAUGUACUUCUUGUAGAAAAGGAGUGUAAAGUAUCUGUUUUAGAAAAAACUGAUACGCACUUAGUUGUAUCGAUCACAUUAUUAAAACCAAAACAAUGUGAUCUUCUUUCUUUCAUUACUAAUGAAUUAGGAAUUCGUUUGUCCUCUGAUUCAAUAUAUUCGAAUCCUUCUAAAAUAUCGGACAAUAUUACUUCAGGCAAUAUUUCUUCGAGUUCUUCGGAUGUAAUCGAAUAUAAGUAUCGAUGUAAUAUCGAGAAUAGAACUAUCUCAGAAAUAGAAACAGAUUCUGAAAUGACUACGGAAUAUGUAUCAAACAUAGUUAGUAACAUGAAUAGCGAGAGUUCUAUGUUAAUAAAAAAUGUUGAUGAACUACACAAUCCUAAUGACGAUUUACAAACAAUUAAAAAAGAAUUAGUUCAUUACACUUCAAAAAUUACAUCUACCAAAUGUUUUGCCACAUAUAUACCAAUCAUUAUUCCCAACGAUAUUGAUAUAUUUGAAGUAGAUUUAUGUUAUACCGAAUCAGCAACAAUAUAUUAUACUCAAAUAAGGGAAAAUAAAAAAUCUAAGGUGUUAAAUGAUUGUUAUAAUCGAUAUAAACUAUUAAUGGAAACUUUACAAAAAGAAGCUCCUACACAACCAUUAAUCAAAAGUUUAGUUUCCGAUACUCCAUGUUGUGCAUUGUUUAACGAUGAUAUCUGGUAUAGAUGUAUUAUCAAGAAAACCACCAAAAUAAAAAAUUCAAAUAAAAUUUUGGUUCACUUAUGGUAUGUUGAUUUUGGAAAUGAUGAAUAUCGAAAAGUAACAUUGGAAGAAUGUAAUUUACGUAUACUGAAAGAAGAAUGGUUCAAUGUACCAACAAUAGCUAUAAAAUGUCAAUUAUGGAAUAUUAAUGUUGCCCCUAGUAAAGAAUUUUCAAACGUAAUAAUGGAAAUCGAAAAAAUGUACCGAAAGUAUAAUGAUUGUAUAAUCGUUAAAAUUAAGGAACGAUGUAAGAAUCAUUUGUCUGUGGAAUUAUACGUGGAUAGAACGUGUAAGAAAUUGGUUUAUAGUUCUUUGAUCAGAGAUGGUUUCUUUCAAAUAAAUAAAACGAAGAAAGACUGAAAAAAAAAUAGAAUAAAUAUCUUUGUUUAAAUGAAUUAUACGGAUUAAUUAUUUGUGUUUAUUUCAGAAUAGUUUACAUGAAACUUAUUUUUUAUAUACAAAUACAUAUAAAUAAGUAAUUUAAAAAAAGAAAAAAAAACUGAUGUUCCUAUAGAUAUAGUCUUUAUCAUUAUUUGUGUCAACAUAUGUAUAUCAAAAUAAUUUUAUUAAUAUUUUGUUAAACGACAUUAUCUAUUAUAUCGUAUAUUAUUAACGCUGUGUACUUUUAGCAAUUUGUUCUUUAAGAACCAAAAUACUUUGUCUUUGUUCUGGUGGAAGCAUAGCAAUUUGUUCAUCCGACAAUUGCAAUACUUGCAUUAUUAAAGCAGCCUGUGACAAGAAAUAAAUUUAUAUAAUAGAUAUUAUUUCAGAUGUUAUAUAAUUUGUUUCCAAAGUUGUAUGAUUUGUAGUAAAAUAAAUGUGAGUAGAAAAUGUA